ACCACAACUUCGCUUUGCACUAGCUUCAUCAGACUGUACCUGCCCCGUGAGCUGCCCCGCUGCCUUCAGACAACUCCUCCACACGACGACGUCGCUGUGCUCAACGCGUUUGCCGGCUGCAGUGAUUUGUGACUCGUUUUUAGGAUUGAGUGUCCACUCGCGAAUGUUUCACGGACGCGUCGGUCUCCAGUGUUGUUGUUUAGCUCUCUAGCUAGCCAGCUAGGUUAACUUUAGCCUCGGUAGCUAGCGGUGUCAGGCGAAGGUAGCGGUAGCGUUAGCGUAUCACCGGUGAAACGAAGGUCUGUUGUGCUUUUACUCGGUUUUAUGUUUUGUCGCAAUAUUUAGGGAGCCGCUGUCACGGCCUGUCUCAUAACACCCGCUUAAAAAUGCCGUUGAAAUGUUUUCAGCUGUUGCUAGCUAAGUUAGCUUAGCUAAUAGCCGGCUAGUCUAGUCUGCUCCAGCCUGCGGUUGUUUGACCACAGUCCUCUUUAUAUGGGACUCCUGCUUGAACGUGUUUUCCGUCUGCCAGAGACAUGCUUUAGCGCAUCUGUGGUCAGCCUGUGGCGAGGCUCAAACGGAAUUUACUAGCCGAUCGUUUAGCUCGACCUCCCGAGUUUCAGAAGCUGCUGGAGCUGGACAGUUCAGCGGCUCAGAGCCGUCCGGGUAACACAAUGGCUGCAGACCUCCAAGCCAAGUACAGCAAGCUGGCUCAGGAGUACUCCAAGCUCAGAGCACAGAACCAGGUCCUGAAGAAGGCUGUGGUGGAUGAGCAGGCCAAUUCAAACUCCUUAAAGGAGGAGCUGAAGCAGCGCGAGCAGUGCCUCAGAAAGGCCGAGCAAGAGAUGGAUAGCCUAAACUUCAGGAACCAACAGCUGGCCAAACGAGUGGAGCUGCUGCAGGAGGAGCUGCUGACCAGUGAGGCCAAAGGCAAGAAGAGCAAGAAUAAAGGAGAUUCCCCCUCCCAGCCAAGUUUUCAAACCCAGAGUGUGUUUGAUGAGGACUUGCAGAAGAAGAUUCAAGAGAAUGAAAGGCUUCACAUUCAGUUCUAUGAGGCAGACGAGCUGCACCGCCAGCAGGAGGCGCAGCUGAGAGCCAGAUUGCAGCAGCUGGAGAAGGACGCUGAGCAGCACCAGACUGUCGUGGACAACCUCACUAGCAAAUACAUGGACACAAUUGAGAAACUGCAGAGCGAAAAGGCUCGGUUGGAGGUUAAGGGUCAGACAUUGGAGAGGGAGGUCAAGGAGUGCAGACUCAGGACUGAAGAGUGCCAGCAGCAGCUGAGGAAGUAUCAGACUGAGCUGAGCAGUCAGCUGAAACACAACAGCAGUGUGAUCCAGGAGAAAGUGCCCUUCAAUGACACCAAAUACAAUGACUACAACAGCUUGAAUGUUCCCCCUCACAACAGAAGACAUCAGCUGAAAGCUCGAGAUGCUGCAGGACAGGCUGUGAGUUUUAUACAAGAUCUGGUGUCUGCCCUCCUCAACUUUCACUCAUACACGGAACAGAGGGUCCACAUUUACCCUCUGGACUCCUCCAUUGAGUCCAUCUCUCCCCUUAACCAGAAGUUCUCUCAGUAUUUGCAUGAGAACGCAGCAUAUGUUCGUCCCCUAGAGGAUGGAUUGCUACAACUGCAUCAGAGCAUCACAGAGGACACAGUCACAGUACUGGAAACUGUGAGCAAACUGCAGGACUUUUCCAAAUCCUUUUCUACUUACACAAGCUUUCUGCAGAAGAUCCUGCCUUAUCAACUUAAAAGCUUUGAGGAGGAGUGUGAGGUACCGCUCUGUACAGCGUCUCUGAACUCUAAGAACCGUGAGCUACAGAAUGACCUGAAGGCUUUGACUGCUGUCUUUGAGAAGCUGCAGAACUAUAUCAGCCUUCUAGCCUUACCUAGUGUGCGUACGGAUGCUAUGCCUCAGAGCAGUUCCAGUGCUGUCUUCACCCAGCUGGCUGCCUGCUUACAUGGAUUGCAUGACACCACCAAGGAGCUCUCCAAGCACUACAGUCAGAAAGUAACUCUGGAGCAGGAGCUGCCCACUGUCACCCAGAAACUGCGCACCACCAACGAAUGCUUACUCUCCUCCCUGGCCUCUCUGACCAACAGCACUGGCAAGAUUGCCACAUUUUUCAGCAACAAUCUUGACUUCUUUGCUUCAUCAGCUGGUUACGGGCCCAGAGGGGGUGCAGGGAGCCUCAACCCACUGCAAGCAGAGAGCAUGCUUAGUAACAAGAAGAAGGCCUCUGCUUAUAUUCUCGCUGUUAGGAGGACACGACCAGAGACUGUCCCAUACACAGAGGCUCUGUCCAACCGCCGCAUCCUGACCAGCUCCACGGAGAGCAGGGAGGGCCUGAUGCAGCAGGUACAGCAGAGUCAGGAGAAGAUCGCUCGUUUGGAACAAGAGAAGGAGCACUGGCUGCUGGAGGCUCAGCUGGCUCGAGUGAGGCUGGAGAAGGAGAGCCAGCGCAUAGUUGAGCUGGAGGCCCAGCUUUCAGCAGCUUUAGGAGGGGACAGUGUCACCACCACCUCCUCCCAGACUGCCUUCCUCACCCCGGAAUGCACUGACCCAGAAACAGAGGAGAAGACCGGCAGAGAGGUGUCUCACAGCACCAGUGUGGUUGGAAUGCUAACCACAACCCCCACCAAUGAGAUUGUUGGAGAUGAGGAGUCUCGGGAACAUCUGAUCAAAACUCACUACAUGACGCGAGUAGCUGAUCUCACCACCCAGCUUCAGAUGUCUGACAGCAAAGCUGUGCAUUUUCAUGCAGAGUGCCGGGCACUGGCUAAACGUUUGACCAUUGCAGAGAAAUCUCGGGAGACUCUAACUGAGGAAGUAAAGCAAGCCAAUCAGAACAUCACACGCUUGCAGGAUGAACUGAGCACUACCAAGAGGAGCUAUGAAGACCAGCUGAGUAUGAUGAGUGAUCAUCUCUGCAGCAUGAACGAAACCCUCAGCAAACAGCGAGAGGAGAUCGACACACUCAAAUUAGGCAACAAGGGAAAUUCCAAGAAGAACAAGGGCCGGUAGUGGGGUCUGCAUUAUUCUUGAGGAAGUGGAGGAGGAGCUGCUGGGACCAGACACAGUGAUCUGACCGACACUGGGGGCACAUCGCACCCAACUCUUGCUCUAUUGUGUCAGACUGGCCAAACUUGACUUUGCGCUACAUUUCUAUCAAAUAGUUGGUUAAACGCUUCUUUAUAUCUGGGAGGGAGCAGCUGUUUCAUUCUUCAUUCGCUGGGUCAGAGCAGUUUGAGGUGUGGAUGUUUCUUUCAGCCCAGUUUGUGUGCGAUUGUCGUGUCCACAUGAAGUUUCUAUGUAAAGACUUUGUUUGUAGCUUUUUGUUCGUCUGUUUGGUUUUUGUAUUUUUAAUAAUGUCUUGAGAGAAUGAGCGUCUGUUAGUAUGCGUGGUUGUGAGAUUCAGUUUGGGGCGAAAUUUCCCAGAUUUAUAGAGACGAGGCUGCCUCAGACCCAAAGAGUGAGCAGGUGGACUGCACAAUAUUAUUGUGAUUAUAUUGCAAUUUAUUGCAGUUUUAAUACGACUUAGGAUGUCAUGAACGCAUCGCUAAACAUUUCAUUUGAUGUGACUAAACGUAGGGGAUUCAUUCGAGUCUCAUGGCCAUGAUCCAUCCUCCAUCUACAUGCAGGAUUUUCUGGUACGAAUUGUGUGGAUAUCAGUUAGUCUGUGUAAGACUGGGAGAGAUCUAUGUUACUUGAGUCCAUUCUAGCCUGGCUUCUGACAGUUGCAGGAAUAUAGCAGAGCGCUUUCAGAGAUGUAUCUGAGAUUGGUCAGUGUGCAGAGUUUCUUACUUGAAAAAAGAGAUGAUUGGCAAGCGUUAGUAUCUGAAAUGUAGGCAUUACGUUUCUUUAACAUUUCCCAUCAUAACAUUACAAAUGUAUUAAAUCUAUUUCUAGACAUUGUACCUUAUUUUAAAGGACUCAUAGAAAAGACAAAUUUCCUCAUCUUUUUAAAGUUCCCAAUUACCCACAGUUCAUGUGAACAUUGUUAAAAUGUACCAUUCAUAGCUCAAUCCAUACAAGUCCCUAUAUGGAGCCUAAGCUGAAAAAAGGUGAUUGUUUCUGUUGAGUGUUUUAGCCUGGAAUGCUUUUUUAUAUAAAGCAGAAUACAGAACAAUCAGAACGCACAAGGUAAAAAAUGUUGGUAGAUAAUUUAGCUGAAAGGAACUAAUAUUUUACUUAGUAUGAUCACUUUAUGAACUUGAAAUGACUAGAAAUCUAUCCAAACAAUAAAAGAAGACAACUAGACAAAUGCAGUUAUAUAUCGGGAAAUUCUAGACAUGCAGGCCUACGUUUAAGAUGCUUUCUCUUGCUAAAAGUUUUGCAGUGCAUUCCUGCGUUCCGUAAUGCAUGGCGGAGGACAAAGUUGUGAUACUGAUUUUUAAAAUGAUGUAUUGUGCAGCACUAGUGAGUGAAAACACACAUAAUUCUCAUCUAAACACGUUAAUCCUGUGCAGAAGACUAGUAUGUAUCUCAGUAGUGCUGAUUACUCACGCAUGUAGCCAGAGGAAAAAUCAGAUGUAAAGAGCGUAGUAUUAUGAUGAUGCUCUGUUGUCGUGAUCACUAAAUUGUUAUGAAUAUGCACUGAGCAGAUUUGUCUGCAAAAAAAAAGGAAUCCUAAGUGGAUGAUGAAAAGGGUUAAUGUGAAUGGUAACACUACCGAAGGGCAGCGUUCAUAAGGCUGCAAGACACUUAAAUAAGCCUAGAUACAUCAGAAUUUGGCAAAAGCAGCCUUUAUGUCUGUGUAGGUGUCAUGUGACCUUAUGAUUGCUGCCCCUCAGUAAGAUGUUACCAUGUGAAUACAUUCAGUUUGUCUAAUUUACAUUCAUGUACUGUCUUUUCUUUUUAUUCUCUUUAUUAAGAAAUUAUACUACCGACGUUUUAUGCAAUGGCUUUGAAAAAUGCUUCUCUUUCAACCAAUGAAAUGAGUGUUGUAUAUGAUUAAUGUGCUCAUAAGACUCAUCAACCAAACAUGGGGAAGAUUAGCAGAUAACUUGCAGAACAGGACUUUAUCCACUCCGUUUAAACUAUGUCUGUAUUCAUGCAGUUUUGUUGACUGGUAUGUUUGCAAAUUUGUGAUUUUUAGUAAAUAUUUUGGCCCAAAUGCAGUUCGAAACGUGAAUCACACAUGAGAAGUUUACAAAAGAUCCAUGUAGCUGGUUGGUUCGCAUGUUUACAGAAUUGUUGUUUCAGCGAGGCUGCUUUACAUUCUCCUCGCUCCAGACUGUACUCCACAGAACUGCCUCUGGGCUGAAGUGUUUGUCUGUUUAAUCCCAUUCGGUUACUUACCACAUACCAAAAAUGUGUACUUAGGCAAAUUAAACAUGAUACACUUGUGAAGUAAACAAUAAAAUUAUGUAAAAUUUG